AUGGGAAAUUCAAAGUUACAUACAAAGUCGUCUACUAGGCUUUCUACGUCAUCCACGUCCACAUCCAAAAAAUCAGUUACCACGACGACCACGAAAUCAAAACCUAAAGUAGCUCAAAAAUCCUUAACUAAUAAAGAUUUAAAAGUUACAACGACCGCGAAAACUUUGACGACAAAGAAUCUAUCCUCUUCAAGGGUAUCAUCCGUCAAAGCUACACCUACGUCCACCACUAAAACCACCCCAAGAGAUACCAAAUCUUCGAAAAAUUUAAGUUCAUCAUCUACGAUAAAGACGACGAAUAAAACUACAAAAUCAUCUACGUUAACUAAGAAGAAAUUAAAAGAAAAGCAACAACAAGGGAAUGUUACAACAAACGCUUCAUUAGAUUUGGAAAUUUCAGAUGAAGCAAAAGAUAGUCCUAUAUGCUCCGAAAUAAAUAGUGUCAUGAAUGAAUUAGAAAAAUUCCGUACAAGUUUACAUGAAAUUGGAAGGGUACAAGAAAAGAAGAAUGAAAUCGUUUCGUCGUCUAAACGUUCAAAUCAUAAUAAAAAAAUAUCUUCCGGUUCGCUUCAAAAAUUACUCGUGGCGGAUGGUAUGUCGAAUCAGGAUGAAAUAGUUUUGCAAGCUCACAAUCAAUUAUCAGCGGUCAGACAACAUAUAACUUCAAUAAUGGAUAAUUACGAAACUUUGGAUGAAAAUUUAUUAACCGUCAUUAUGACUUAUAAUGAAGAAGUUAAUAUAGCUUUGCAAGAAGCAUUGCAAGAAGUACCAAAAUUAUAUUUAUCACAAUCUCAAUCACAACCUCCUUCCCCUUCAUUAUCUUUUUCCUCUCAAUUCUCUUCGCAUGAUGACACCAAUUCUACUCAACAGUUUAUUGAGGCUCAAAAAAUACAAAUACAAUUUCUUGAACAAGCUAAUUUUAAUAAUGUCUUUCAAUUAACUAAUGAUAUAAAGAAAUGUCAAUUAAACCUCGAGAAAUUUAUUAAAUCAAACUUUAAAAUGUAUAAUUUGAAUUUACUUGAAUCAAAAAUCCUUUUACGUAAAUAUGACAUAAGAAUUAAUUUAGAUGAUUUGUAUGAGAAAAAUGAAAAAUAUUCUAAAGUUUUAAUAUGUCAUUCAUUACAAAGACUAUUAUUAGAGACAGUUUUGGAAAAUUCCGAUAUUUAUUUUACGGGUUCAUUACAAAAUUUUCAACCUCAAAAUUUAUCCUCCAUUACAAAUGAUUUCGAUGAGGAGAGUUACGGUCAUAAUAAUCCCUCUCUCUUUCAAAAAGUAACUAAAAUCAAUCCUGAAGUUUAUGCGGUUUUGGGUUCAAAUUGUUUCGAUGGAUUUGAACAUCCUUUCAUCGAAUUUGUAGGAGAAAAAUUGGUUGAAAUAAUUGAAAAAUACUUUGAGGUUAAACAUGAUUCAAUUACGGGAAACAAACUUAAUUUGGUCAAUUUAGCUAAUGAAUUAGUUUAUGAUAUUAUAAAUGUUUUUUAUUUUAGAAUGCAAGCACAAGAGCCUACUGCUCAAUAUCAAUGGAUUGAAAACGAAAAGUCAUUGGAUCCGCAUCUCAUGUCCAUUGUAAAUUAUAGUACUUAUUGUAAUAAUAAUUUUUCUUUACCGGGUGAUUAUGAAAAUUGUGAAAAUAAACUUUGCGAAGAGGAAUUCGAUGUGGUGGGAGUUUGUUCCUUUCCAGCGAUAGGUAAAAGAUUAAAAGGUCAAGAAAAAUUAGAAAUUUACACCAAGGCAAAAGUUUUACCUUAUUCUCAACUAAAUCAUGAAAUAAAGUAG